GACAUGCAGAAGUCUCCGCAAUACGAGCUGGCGUAUGUCUACGAGGUGUUGGCGAUAGCGUCCAGUGGCUCCAUUUUCCUGUCGGUGGACACUUUCACUGUCGCCUCUAUGUUGUUCUCAUGUGCGCAGCUUGAAAUAUUGAGAGAGAAGAUGAACAGGAUAAUGCCCGUGCCGCUCACAACAAAGAAAAAUAAGAGUGAAAUGCAAAAGAAACUACGAGAUAACAAUGAUUUGCUCAUAGCAUGUAUCAAGCAUCACCAAGCAGUGAAAAGGUUAGUAUUGAAAAUAGAAGACACGUUCCAUUCCUCUGUGUUCUGCCAGCUGUGUACGGCUGUUCUCAUCAUCUGCAUUAUCGGAAUUCGCUUGUCGCAAGAUUCGCCAAACAACGCCAGCUUCUACGGUAUUGUGAGCUAUCUCACACUGAUCCUCUCUCAACUGUACCUGAACUGCUGGUGUGGCACUGAAAUAACGGAUCGGAGCCUAGACUUCCGCGACUGGCUGUACGAGGUGCCGUGGUACGAUCAGGACAAGAGGUUCACCAGCACGCUGUCAGUCCUGCUGCAGUGCACCAAGAAGCCGCUGGAGUUCAGGGCUGGACACUACGUGCUACUGGCCAGGGCUACAUUUGUUUCGGUUUUGCGCUGUUCGUAUUCAUACUUCGCGGUGCUACAGCAAGCCAACGAGGGAUAAUAGAAUUCUACGCACCAUAUAAUUUUAUUAGGCAUCAUUAUGAAUAAAGUAUCCUGUGUUAUAAAACCUUCUUGAUUGUAAUGAUCACGCGAAUAUAAUGGCGUGUGACCAUUGCGUUCUUUAAUUACGUAAAGGCUAGAUUCAGCGACUUCUUUAUUAGUUACUUUAUGAUAGUAAGACGAGAAAGUAUGUCAAUUUAGAUGCAUUUUAUCAGAGAAAAUUCUAGUGCAGACUAGAAUAAAACUGAUAACCACCUAGGCUCUAGAGAUGCUUCUAAUUAAUCUACUGAGUGAUUGAUUAAUGUAGUGUUACCGAUGGCAGCCCGGUUAACA